AAGACUGCGAAACGUUUAUUUAUUGUUGUACAACGUACCAAUACACAUCUUCCCUUUGAUCAGUCAUCGAUCAUCUGCUACUUUGAAUCCGACGUCCAUGACUGAGAAUUCACAAUCAUCUACGCCUACGCAGGAUAGUGGCACAUCUACACCAGGCUCCAGUAGUGCGGGAGAUGCUCCCGCGACUGAGUUUAAGGUGUAUAAGCCUCCAAACUCACCAACCACCAGCGCUCCUCUAGAAGAACUGCCAGACUCCUACUUCACCCCAUCUCCUGCCGACCUGAAGGCUGCCCAAGCAACAUUAAGCGCCCGGACACGAUCACUAGUUGAUGCACCGCUACAAGUACGAGCUCAGCGAGAGGCAGCAGAGAAGUCAAAGAGAGAUCGAUGGCCAAAUACAACGAUACGUGUCAGGUUCUCUGAUCGAACACAGCUGGAGAAGAUUUUUCCCUCUACCGACAAAAUUCGCUCCGUGUACGCAUUUGUGCGCUCGUCCCUCCGAGAUGAUGUAAAGCCUAUCAAGUUUAUCCUAUAUCAAUCUCCUCCCAAGCGCGACUUGAAGGUAUCAGACCCAAAUGUCCGUGAUUUAAGCUUGGCACAACUGCAGCUUGCCCCAUCAUCAGUCCUCCUUCUGCGUUUCGAAGACGAAUCUUUGAAUGGCACGAAUGUCCCCGCACCCCUAUUGCCAUCCAUUGCAGCAAGCGCCAUCGAGCUACCGAAACCCCCCAGUGCUGAAGCCGAACCUCGCAAGGUAGAGAAGUCUGCUACACCUCCCACGACAACGUCGAGCACAAGUACCGGGAAAAAGAUACCCAAAUGGUUGAAGGCAGGUCUAAGAAAGUGAAAAGGAAGAUCAACACAUGUAUUAUCUUGGGUCUCAAUUCGAGGUCCACCUGUAUAGUUGCCAGCUUCUACCAUAGAUCAUCGCAUGAAAGAGAAACAAGUGUAAUUUACCUCAAUACACAGGAAAUGUUGGAUCUAUCUCAUUCGACCAUGCACGUAAGCCUCCGAUAACAUCUUUUACA